CCCACACACAUACUAGUCAUUACAGUGAAUAGUGGAAUUGAACAUUUGUUUAUUAAAAUAUGUAUCUUUAAGUGUGAACAAAAUAGUUUUUAGUUGAUUCGUCAAUCAGUUGAACAAGCAACAUUACACCAAAGGAAAAGCUUAUGAACUAGUAGUACGGAAAGAUCUAAUACAAAAUGAAACUUUUAAUUCACAUUGGGUUAUUCUCCACUUCCCUUUUUUCGAUAAUUAGUGUUUAUUCUAUGCCAGUUUACCCGCCAAUUAAAAAAUUUUUUGCCAACUUUAACCCUGGACUACUCAUGUAUCUGACGGUUUGGAAUUGUAAAAUUCCUGAGGAUUCCAGAAAGAAAGAUAAAGAAACUAGCCGUACAAGAUGCGAGAUUCCAUUCUCAUAGGAUUUCACGCGAUUGCAUGUUUGCAAUUCGCAUAUUCUGUUUAUUACGAUUACACGUACACCGUGGUGCCAGCGCAUAUAAUGAAGAACCACAGCGCUUUCGGUGGAAGAUUUAAAUUUCUCACAUUUUGGGACGCGAUAUUACAAACGGUAUUCUUUUUAAUAUGUAUCAUAAACGAUUUGUAUGGUACCAAUGCAGUUAGCCCAAAGAAACCACCAUUUAUACGAAAAUUAAAGGAUUAUUUUUUCGGAGCUCUUUGUUUUCCUUUAGCCAUGUUCGUGGGGAUUACGUUUUGGGCGUUAAUGUUCAUCGAUCGUGAAUUGGUAUUACCAAAAGCAUUAGAUCCAUAUUUUCCAUGGUGGUUGAAUCAUCUGAUGCAUACGAUGAUCAUGGUCUCAAUCGUUACCGAAUUAUUGUUAUCACCACGAAAAUAUCCUAAACGAUCGCAUAGUCUUUUUGGUCUCGUGGGAUUUACGCUUACUUACUUAGUCUGGCUCCACGUGAUAUAUUACAAGAACGGCAUUUGGGUAUAUCCAGUGAUGGAAGUAUUGACGCCGACAAUGCGACUAGUAUUCUUUGGAAUUUUAUUGAUAUUCACGUUGUUACUAUAUUUCACCGGAGAAAUGCUGAACAAACUCGUUUGGGGUAACGAUAAAACUAAACAACACAAAUCUCAUUCCAAGUAAUUCCCACCAAACUUGUCACCGGCAAGUGACCACAAAUCAGAUCUGCCUCUCCGUCGGUGUUGGUGGUGGUGAAUAAAAUUCUCUUUUAUCGUUCACUCGUUGAAAAAAUGCACCUUUUUUUUAUUAUUCUUCUUCUUUAUAAAAAAAAAAAAAAA